GUUGAUGUCCUCUUGGAUGAAAAUGAUGAUGAGCUGAAAGUUAAACCCCUAAAAAAGAAAAAGAAGAAAAGACGAAAAGAUACCACUUUGCAAGCAGCCAUCCCUACACCACACCAAUCAGACAGUGAACAGAUUCAAUCUCUUAAAGGGAAAAGAAGAAAAAAGCUGAUGCAUUCAUUUGCAGAACAUGAUGGAGAAGAUGAUCUAUUGUUGCUUGAAGAUUCAACAAAUAAUAUUGUCAAUUAUUUAGCACUUGAGGAAGAAGAAGAUUACUUUGGACAGAUCCAAUCAAAUAUUGUUGGAAUUCGUUACUACAAGGGAAUGGUUCGUAUAACUUAAAAAAAUUGAAAUCUUUAAAUAUUAAAAAAAUGGUUCAAAACAUUUUACCAUUGGUCCUAAGAAGUGCUCCCACUAAGAUGUGCACUUGCACAGUGGCACAGCUAGGGACGGUCAAAGCUUUUCCAUGAAAAAAACCUCUUCAUUUGGCUAAAAAUUCUGUCCUUCAAAAUAAAGAAAAAAGUGCCACUAGGGCGGAUAACCUCCCUCCAUAACCCCCUUCUUAUAGCACUGCCCUUGCACGAAACUUGUACCACACCAGCACAAUAGAUAAAUUUUGUUGCACACAUAAAAUUUCACUGUAGUGCAGAUGCGCUCAACCCUUGUCAUUUAAGUUGGCCAUUUCAUGGUUGGAGACUUUAAAUUUUAAUGUAAAUAACAAGAGGAUGAUAAUUACAUAUGUCUUAAUCAAAAUUUGUUUAAUAGUUUAAAGGGAACAUUGCCAUUAUUCUGAUUAAAAAGAAAUGAAUUUGACCAAAUUUUGGUUCAAACUGACCAUUUUUAGAGGGACAUAUUUUAUUCUUUUCACUGCUAUUCAUAUUUUCUUCUCACAUCAUGUCAGAUUAGAUGGGACUAUGAAACCGUAAACCCUGUUGAGAAAUUUGAGUUUGUCUACCACUUUUUGACCUGAGACAUUUUUAUCUACCUUUUAUUUAAUUAAUAGAUAGUAAAAGUAAAAAAUUAUCUCUAGCUCUGAUCCAAAUCCCUGAUUUCUAUUUUCUAAUUGUUAUCUCUGAAAUUAACUGACGCCACAGUCAUUAUAAUAGUUAAUGUUCAGGUUAUAUUACAUGACAGAGCAAUAAUUAUCCAUAACAUUUCACAUGUCUAUGUGAUGAACAAACAAAUUUAUUUAUAUGAUUAAGUCUAUGAACUUUUCUACUAAUAAACUAAAAUUUUCCAUCAAAUGAACUUUUAUACUUUUUAAAUCAGGUGUCAAAUAAGGAAAUGGUAACUCUUGUUAGAGAACCACACAAUAAAUUUGAUCGUAAUGCUGUGAAGGUUUUAAAUAUGGCCUCACAACAAGUUGGACAUAUUGCAAGACAACACGCUGUUGCAUUAGCCGUUAUCAUGGAUAAAUCAUUAGCCAGAGUUGAAGGGUAAGUCUAAGAUUGCAAAUACAAUUAAUUCCUUUUUAAAAAACUUUUUCUUUUUAUAUGGUAAAAAGGGGAGAGAAUCAAGCUAGGUAAAACGAAAUGAGUGAAUCAAAGUAUGAUAAAACCUGGAAAAAGGAAUAAACAGGCAUAAUGACAUAAGAAAUUCAUUGUCAAUGAUAUUUUUCAAACUUUUGGGGGGUCAAAAUAACUUACAAAUCGAAACAUGUUAAAGAAAAAAAAACAUACAAAGUUCUGGUAAGAGUAUAGGUUGACAUGAAUGCUUUAUGGCUUUCUUGAAUGUAAAUUUCAAUAACCUUACUUAUUUUUCUAGGGUUCAUUUUUAAAUUUAACUUCGAUUUUCUUCUUUUUUUUUUGCCUUUUUCAACUCCCUUUAGUCUCAUACUGCUGUAUAAAAACACUUCUCAAAUUAAAAAAAAAAUUAAAACAAAGUAAUUGUUAAAUGACUGUUAAAACAUAAACUCCUUCAUUGCUUUAUUUAAAUUAUUUUUUCCAGUACAAUUCCCUACGGAGCGACAGGUAAUUUUCAAAUUCCUGUAGACAUACACUUAUGGGGUUCUCCUGAGAAUAAAGAAGAAGUGUUUAAAGUAAUAAAAUCCCAUAAUGUGCCAUCAGGACCAAGGCAGGAUCUUGCUAUAAAAAAUCAAGGAAAACGUAACGCACGUCACGUUUUGUCAUCUAGGAGUCUUGUAACUCCACAAGAGGUACUGGUAUAUACGUAUGGAAAAUUUUAUGCACCAGUUAAGUUGGGAUUACUGCAGGCGCUGAGUCUGACAGAUUAUGCCUAAGAAUGCAAGCCUGGAAUGUACGAAAACGUAUGAAAGGUUUGAAGUUAUUCAAAUCUUAACAAGCACUUAAUGACUUUAGUUUGGGUCAUGUGCAUAGAAUGAGAAGUAUUGAAUUAUUAUUUUUUGGAAAAGCUUUUAUCAUAAAUACCAAAUCUUUCUGCUGCUUCUAAGCCAAUCCAGUGUUGAAAAGCAUUUUAUUUAUAACUUUUGUGAUAUAAAUUAAAAAAUAAUCUUAUGUUAUUAAAUUUUUUAAAUGGUCUAUGAUUGUUUUGUUUUUAUGUUGUUUGAUUAGCAUUAGCUUCAUUGUUUAAUUUAUUUCCUUGCUUUUAGAUAAUGCUAUCAAGUCCUAGAAAUUAAAAUCUAUAAUUAAUGUUCAUCUUUUCUCUCAAAGAUGCAAAAUGAACUGGACAAAAUAUUUGAAACACUGGAUGAAGGUGACAAGAGAUCAGAGACUGAACCAGCUGAUGUGAGAUUCUUUCAUAUUUAUUCUUUUAGAAAACAAUCUAAAGAUAUACAAGCUCUUUCUUGUCUUAUUGUAGAGAUUAAAUUGAUUGAUAAUAGCUUUUAGAUAAGAUCAGAUAGGUUAAGAUUCUUUUACUGAUCCAAAUAAAUGAAAAUGUAUUUCUACUAGUAAUGAGAUUGGUUAAAUUUUACAUAAAUGCUUUAAAAGAAAUUGAGAAGAAUACCCAUGCUUCAUUUCCUGUUACAAGGCUGUGGGCACAGUGCUCUACCCCCACCAGAAGCAAGCUCUCAACUGGAUGAUUAGUAAAGAGAACACAGACACUCUGCCACCAUUUUGGGAAGAUCACAAUGGUCGCUAUUGGAACACUUUGACCAUGUUUACGUCUGAUGUGAAACCAAGCAGUGUGCAUGGAGGUAAAACUUGAGUAACUCAGCAAAUAGGGAAAAGAAUAAUAUAAAAGCUUACAGAUUAUUAAUAUAAUAUAAUAUUUUACUACAUUUAAAUAUAUAGAAAAUUGAUAUUUUAUCUGUGGCUAAAUUAUGAAGGAAUUGUUGAUUAAUUGCCAUUAAAAUAAGCUUUAAAGAAGAAAUUUGAAUUUUUUAAAAAAAUAUAUCUCUAAUAUAUAAAUAUUAAAGCAUGGAAGUAAUUCCCUCGCUAUCCCUCACUCUUCGCUUAUGUCUCUAAUAAUAGGAGGGAAUAUUUUUACAAUUUUGGAGAUAAAAAAAUUACAGAUAGUUUUUUAAAACUGCUUUCAACAUUUCUUUAUCUCCAUAAAUUAAUACAUUUUGGAUUAUUUUUUAGGGAUUUUAGCAGAUGACAUGGGUCUUGGCAAGACUUUGGAGAUGAUUUCAUUGAUUUUGUCUAACUUUGUGGAUGGUAAACCUCUUGCUUAUCCCUUGCCAGGAACAUGCAGGUUGCCCUUUGGAUCUGAGAACAUGGUACAUAAUUAUUUGCAACCUUUAUUUCAAGAUUUUUACAAAAAAUAAUAAAGCCACAUUGAUGAAUUCAUGUCCAUGCUCAGAGGAGUUUUAAGAACAAGCUUUUAUUCAACAGGUAUGUACAAAGAAAACAACUAUCUCAAAUUUAGAACUGCCAAAGACCAGCUCACAGGCUGUUAACAGUUCACAUCUCAAAUUGUCCCCUGAACUAAAAUUUGAAACUGGAAAAAGUUCAGCUUCAAGGCUAAUGAUUUCAAGUAAGAAUUUUAGCCAAUAAAAAAUUUUAAUUUUACUAAAACCAGAUAUCUUCAUGCAAGAGGAGAUGGAUUUUUUUUUAUUUGAAUAAUUUUAAUUAGUCACCUUUUUUUUUUUUAUAUAUAUCCUUCUUCUAUGCAGUUAAAAAAAUCUUUAUAUAUCUGACAUUUGCGACACAUAUUUUCUUCAAUUGCUUCUACCGUGAAACACAGACACAUCAAGAGAUUAUCUCAAUUUUUUUUUCACUUACAGAAGAGGCAUCAUUUUCUGGGAAUCAAUAUUCUGACCCCACCCGUCAUGAUGUUGAAGUAGAUAACAUCACAGCUGCACCAAGGCUUAGGGCAAAAAGGUGAAAUGUUAACAGAUCGAAACCUAACUUGAAAAAGCAUAAAAUUCAUUAUUUCUUUUGGAAGUUUUUAAAUACAUUACUAAGAAUGUGUUUUAAAAGGAUGGCUUCAUUAUUACACUAUUCCUAGGUGAAGAAAGCAUCAAUCAAAAUAUGUAACAAGGGGAUGUAAAAAAACACACAAACACCCCCCCCCUCCCACCCCAAUGUUGGUGCAAUGAUGAUAGUAAAAAGUAUUAUUAAAGACAUGUUGAUGCAAGGAUGAUAAAAAAAAAAAGUAUUAUUAAAUUAAUUAUGUGGCCAAUAUAACCUGAAAACAAAUUUUAAAAGAAAAGUGUGACAUGACUCGGUAGUUAAAUUCAAUAACACAUCAAGUGGGGAUCAAGGGAGAGUAGCCUCCCCUAGAGCUAUGGUAAAGAAUUUGGUCAUUUCAUCAGAAAGGAAGUUUAUUUAAUGAAGAGCGCUUCUUUUUUUCUUUCUUACAAGUUCUCUGUACCACAUUAUAAAGAAACCUGACGUGAAAGUGCUUAAAUUUACCUUUUUUUCUGCCAUAAAUUGUUAAUUCAAAGGCCUAUUGUCUUAAAUUUUUAGUUAAAGCAGUCAUAUAAAAGAGCAAUUGUAGAAGACCCAAAUUUCACCUUUCUGAACCAAAUUUUUAAAGCUUGUCCAUGCAUUUAAGAAUGUUUUGCAUUAUAAGCAUCAUUUAAACAUUUCCUACUACAUAAAUAUUUUAAUAAAUUCUUGUUUUCAGUGCUAACUCUCAUUGGCUCAGAUAGACAAGUUUUAAAAAAAAAAUACUUUUUAAGGAGCUUAUGCACUUUCAAAGCUCCUUGUGCACAUAUAGUAGUUUACUGAUGUUGUACACUCACUACCCCUUGUGUACAUAUAGUACUUAACUGAUGUUGUACACGCACUAUUCCUUGUGUACUUAUAUGACUUUACUAAUGUUGUAAAUUCACUGCUCCUUGUUUACAUAUAGGACUUAAAUAAUUAUAUACAUUCAGUGCUCCUUUGCUACAUUUUUUUUUACUAAUUAUGUACAUUCACUGCUCCUUGUGUACAUAUAGGGAUUUACUUAUAAUGUUCAUUCACUGCUUCUUGUGUACAUAUAGGAAUUAACUAAUGAUGUACAUUCACUGCACCUUGUGUACAUAUAGGAAUUUAGUAAUGCUGGAGAUCUAUGAACUUCUUUCUUUUCUUUAGGACAGUGAAGAGACCAGCUCAGUACGUAUAUGAUGAUGACAUUGUUGAUGUUGAUGAUACACAAAAGCUACCCAGAAAAAAUGGUAAGCAAUUUUCAAAAAUACAUUGUUAAAUGGGAUCUUUCAAUGGUAAACGUGAUCUUUCAUUGUUAAAUGUGAUCUUUCAUUGUAAAAUGUAAUCUUUAUCUUUCUUUAGUCUUGGAGAUAACAACCAAUAAUGGUACAAUUAAAAUUGAGUGAAGCCAAUAAAAUUUCAAAAAAUUAAUUUUACUUAAACAUCUCACAUUCUCUAGGGAAAAAAUCAAGAGGAAAAAAAAAUGACGUAAAAAGGGUUAAAUCUGUGGAAGUUGCUGAAACUGAAAGGGAUGAUUACAUGAAAAGUAAGAAGAUUAUGCAUUUUUUCACAAUGUUCCAGAUCUAGUUGUUUAAAACGUUAACAUUUACAUAAUAAAUUGUAUCUUGGACUUAUUUUAAAUUAUAUGUUGAUGUUAAUUUAAAGAUUGUUUUUGCUUUUGACAUACUUGUUAAUAGUGUCAAACUCCUGUUUAUACCUGAUUGGUUAAUUCAUCAAGUUCUUUCACACGUUGUAAUACGUCAUAUUAGCGCUGAAUCAACUCAAGUCCUUUUUCAUAAUAAUGCAAACUUUAAUAUCUAAUUAGAAUUUCAGACUGUUAAUUCCAUAUACACAUGUAUAGCCCAGCUUGCUAUCAGAGAGAAAUAAAACACAACGUCCUCUCACAAAGUUCCUUUCAAGACUGCCACAUGACUAAAACGUACAUCACAAAACAGACUAGACAAUACAUCAUAAUAAACAUAAAAUACAGCACCAAGGCAGAGUGUUCACUUACUAAUUAAUCUCUCAAACACACACUGCGCAUAAUCAUAUCCAGUCGCAACAAUUAUUGAUGAACUCCCAUACUCGACAAAUAGGAUACAGUCACGCUAUGACAAUAAAUAUAAAUUGAAUGCACUUCCAACUACACAUUAUGCCAAACAUUGCAUGAAUUAUUACUCAAGAUUUAUCUUUGUGGACAACAGCUUUCAACCAUGGUUCUGCUCAGUUGUCAAGCGUAUGUUUAUCUAACAUCUCAACGGAUGUGUUAAUGAACCUUAGCUAUUUUGAUAUGAAAAAUCUGUAGACUAUAAUUAUCAAGCCCUUUUGUGGAAAUCUUAAUUUUCUUUUCAGAAACACAGACAGAAACAGAACUACAAGAAUCACUUCCAGUUGUUCCAGCAGCAGACAAAAAGAUCAAGACAGUUUCUGGCAGUGCAAAUGACAUUGACGUCAUUGAUCUCACUGGUACUUUCAGAAAUUUUUUAAAUUUAAGUUAGAGUUUCAAGGCAAAGUAAUCUUACCCGGUUAAGCUUCAGUAAUAUAAAUUCUGUAAUCUCUGAAUGAUAAUUAUUUAUUUUAAAAAAUAUCUGAAUUGUUGUUUUAGCUGAAGAUGAACUCCCAGAUAUCUCUCCAUCAACAUCACACAAGAAGUUUGAAGGUACCGUAAUCAGGAAAAUUAAGUUUUCUAUUUUAAAUGAAUUUUUUUUGUUUGCUUGUAAACUUUUUUCUUUUAAAAUUAUUAACAAUAUAAAUAAAACCAAGAAUGUUUAUUUUCUGAAAUAUUACUUUGUCUGUUAUAAACCUCAAAUUGUAAUACACAUAUUUUUUAAGCUUUUCUUUAAAAAAAAAAAACAACUUAUAUGUAUAAUUAACCCUGUUAAUGGCCCCCAUAUUAUAUUCCAUUUUUUAUAUAUGAUCUUUGUACAGUACCAAGAAUAGAAGAGCUCCCAUCUAAUUGUGAAUUAACAUCUGGGCGUUCAUUGACACAUAGUCCAAGGGCAACAUUAAUCAUCUGUCCUCUAAGUGUGGUCAGCAAUUGGGUGGUGAGUGGACUCCAGUUCUUACAAUCUCAUGAACGUGGCCAAAUUUUAAAACACAUUACUUGUUAGGUUUGGAAUUAAGUUUUGCAACUUUUUAAAAAUAAAAAUGUCAAGCAAAUUGCAAAAUGCAGAAUUAUAAUUAACCCAUUGAAGACAUACAUGUUUAUUAAAACAUGAUGAAAAGUUAACAGCUACCACACAAUCUAGAAAUUUGUUAAAAUGAUAAAAUUAGAAAAAAAUUAUUGGAAUUGGAACAAUGUAUUUUUUUUCCCCCAAGGAUCAAUUUGAAGCUCAUGUUCAGAAGACAGUUCACAUCUUUUUGCAUGUAUACUAUGGACAAAAUCGUACCAAAACAUUUGCAUUCCUCAAGAACCAAGAUGUUGUCAUCACCACUUAUUCCACUCUUGCAUCAGACUUCAAAAUGGUACAGUUGACUAAUAUAUAAAUAUUUUCAAACUGACUUAUCUGUUUAUCCUUAGCCUUCAAAUCUAAUAUUUAUUUGACCUGUGGAAUUGUACAUUUGAAACAUAGUCUAUAGUUUAUUUCUGAUUUUUUUUCUGUUAAAUAAUUUUUUCAAAUCUGUGGAUUCAAAUUUUUUUAAUAAAUCUUAUCUCUUCUCUGAAAAUAUGGUGUUGUUCUUUUUAUAUUAAUAGCAUAAUAGUUAAAAAUAAAAGAAAAUAAUUAAAACCUUAAAAUGUUCCCUUAAAUAAAAUUAGUUAUUCUUUCUUUUUUUUCUAUAAAUAUCUAAAAAAAACUUAUCUUUACUGAAGGGUGAAACCAGGAGUCCACUACACAAAGUGGAAUGGCUAAGAAUAGUGCUGGAUGAGGGACACAUUAUAAGAAAUCAUUCUGCCCAACAGACAAAGGCUGUAUUUGAACUGAAGGCUGAAAGAAGAUGGAUUCUAACAGGUUUGGAAAUACACAAUUUAAAAGUACAACCAUUAAAUGUACAAUCAUUCAGAAGUGUAGCCAUUUACGAAUACAAGUUUAUACACACAACUCCAGAAAUAAUUUGGGAAUUCAAAGGUCAAAGGUGAGCUAUUUUCAGAAACAGAUUACCAGGGUUUUUUUUAGUUGUUUUUAAAAAAAUAAUACAUAGUUGAUUAUUUUCAAUUGUAAUUGAUAAAAAUCAAUUGUAACUAAAUGCUUGUAAUUGAUAAAAAUCAGUUGUAACUAAAUGCUUGUAAUUGAUAAAAAUCAGUUGUAACUAAAUGCUUGUAAUCGAUAAAAUCAGUAAUUGCUUUUAAUUGAUAACAUCAGUUGUAACUAAUUGCUUGUAAUUGAUAAAAUUAGUUGUAACUAAUUGCUUGUAAUUGAUAAAACCAGGUACACCUAUCCAGAACUCCAUCAAAGACUUUUGGUCAAUGUUAAACUUUCUUAAAGUCCAGCCUUUUACUGAAAAAUUAUGGUGGAAUCGUACCAUUGCUAAACCAGUGUACAGGAGGGAAAAGGCCGCCAUUCCGUGAGUUUCUUGUAUGCGUUGAUUUUCUGUAGUAUUUUUUUUCCCUUCGGUUAUCAGCAACCAACCGUGUGAACUACUACAUCUAAUUGUCUCUUUAACAUGGCAACUUAACUUUUUAUUUCAAUUUUCAAACACAUAAUAUUUGUUACAUCUUGAACUAUAGGAGAGUGGCACAUUUAAUGAGAAAUUUAGCAAUGAGACGCACCAAAAAUCAAAAGUACAAUGGAGAACGGCUUGUCGCUCUGCCAGCUCGCAAGGUGUACCUGGAAAAGAUAACUUUGAGUGAAGAUGAAAGAAAAGUCUAUGAUGCCAUGCAGACUAAAGGACAAACUCUCAUAGGAAGGUAGUUGAAUACUUGCAUUAAACAUCUCAUCUGUAAUCAAGUUUUUUUUUAACUUCACUACAGAACUUAAAAAUACAGCUUGAAAUAAUUAUAAAGAAUAAUAAUAAAGUAUCUCAUUAUAGAUAAAAUUGUGCUUAACAUUAAGAUAAGCUUUAAAUAAUUUAUUUUUGGCAGGUUUGGUUUCAUUUUCUGAACUAAAUUUUUUUUUUUUUAAAUGACAAGAAAAAAUAAUUUUUUUUCGCAUUAUUACUUCUCUGAGUGUUUGUAUGCUAUGAUAAUUUUUUUUCUUAAAUAAUCAUUUUACUCAGGUACUUUCAAAAUGAAACGUUGCUUCAUAAUUAUGGUCAGGUGCUGGCAAUACUAAUGAGACUACGCCAGCUGUGUUGCCAUCCUCAGCUGGUAGCUAAGGCUUUGGCCAAAGUUAAAGAAAAUGACCCUGGUAUGUCUUGAAUUAUAAUAUUUUAAAUACAAAUAAUAAAUUGUACAUGAUUUUUAAUAAAAAAUUUUAACACUUAGAGUAUGUUUAUUAAUAAUUGUUAGAGUUACUGGGUUACAUCAUAUUAUGCUACUUUUUCUUUUGUAAGGAUAAAAGCCAAGAUGUUUAAUUUACAAAACAUGUCUGUUUUCAAAAUAUAUUAUAUACUAAACUUCAAUUAAAUUUGACAUUCUGACAGUAGAUUUAAAUAUUCUUUAACAUCCUUUGAUAUAGUUUUGAAUUUUAAUUUUUUUAAAUAUUAUAUGUUGUAAAUUUAAAAUUGAACCAAAAUCAAUAUCUCUAAUGAAAAUAAUAACCACAGUGUUACAUUAUAUUUUCUUUUAUUAGACUUUUUUUCUUAACGAUCCAUGAUUCUUUACAUGAAUCUUAAAAUGUCUUUACUCCUAUCAUUGCAGAAGAUAAAAAUGAUACUACCAAAAAGAAACUUAUUGAUCAACUUAUGACUGUACUGUUAUCUGGCUCUGAUGAGGAAUGUGUCAUUUGUCUGGAGAGUUUAAAUAAUGCAGUCAUCACCCCAUGUGCUCAUGUCUACUGCAGGCCUUGCAUUGAAGCAGUGCUUAAAACUAAAAAGGUAUUUGCAAUAAAACAUGAAUGUAGGUCAAAUGUCAGGGGCAAGUCCAGACAAAAUAAGUUGAAAAUAUAUUAGAAAUUUUAAGAUGCAAAAUAUUCAUCUCCACUAACCCUGUCAUCCAUCCCUGUGGCACUAUAGCCCAUGUAUGGCUUUGACCUGCCUCACCACAUGCUUCCACUCAGACCUGAUGCUUUUCUUUUACAUGCUUCGAUUCCCAGCUGCUGUAGAUCCCUCUCCACAUCAUCCAUCCAUCUAAGCCUAGGUCUGCCUUUGAGCUUCUUUCCUCUGGGGUUUUGGUGGUGCACCCUCUUCACCCUCAUUUCAGAUAUUUUCUGAAAAUCAAAGAAUUAGAGAACAGAUUGGUCCCAAGUGCUCAAUAAUAUAUAUGGGGCACUGCUUUCAAGCUGCGUUAAGUAAAUAAGUAAUGGAAUGAGAUAUGUUAAGCCUCGAAAAUAGAAGACAGGACAAUCUAGCUUAAAUGUCUGUUCAACGUCCUGUCUUUUUUCAAGCCUAAAUGUAUCUUGUUCAACUAUUAUCUACUUACAAAGUGCUCAACCAAUGUCCCUGUGAAAUGAGCUACUUUUUCUGUGUUCGUGUACAAUAUGGGUGUACGGAUAUACUUUGCCUCCACUGUAAGACUUAGUUGCAUAGGACUUCUCUAAUAUAACCUUGUUUAUUGGUGUCACAUGGUAUCGCCUCUUUCAAUCUUAACAUUAAACACAUGCUUAUUGGGAAACUUGUUUUAAAUACAAGAGAGAUUUUAAACCUGUUUACCUUUUUUCUUGGUAUGUGGAAUAUUACUUUAAAAAUUGUUUACCUUUUUUCUUUGUAUCUGGAAUAUUACUUUAAAAAUUGUUUACCUUUUUUCUUUGUAUGUGGAAUAUUACUUUAAAAAUUGUUUACCUUUUUUCUUUGUAUGUGGAAUAUUACUUUAAAAAUUGUUUACCUUUUUUCUUUGUAUGUGGAAUAUUACAUUAAAAAUUGUUUACCUUUUUUCUUGGUAUGUGGAAUAUUACUUUAAAAAUUGUUUACCUUUUUUCUUGGUAUGUGGAAUAUUACUUUAAAAAAAUUAAAUGUUUAAAUCAUCAUUGGCCCUGGUUUUAAUAAAAAAAUUAAUUAAUUUAUACUAAAAAGUAAGCCAUGCUUGUGUUAACAUUAAUUUAUCAUGCCAUUAGGUUAUCUUCAAUAUCUGAUGAUCAUUUCGAACACUUGCAAUGAACUAAACUCUCACACGCAAAAAAUAAAUCUUUUAAAAAAUAGCUGCUUGCAAAGGUUUUUUUUUAAUUUAUCAUUUUAUUCUGAUGGUAAUUAAUUUUUAAAAUGGGCCAUUACAUAAAGGGGAAAAUUAAUUUUAAAAAACUUUUGAAGAAUAAUUACAUCAACUUCUACACUUCCAUGCUAAUUCAUAAUUGUAAAAGAAAGGAUUUUUAAAUAAAUUUUUCUUUAGUCUGAGCAGUGCCCUCUUUGCCGUGGGGAUGUUGAAAAAAACCAGCUCAUCGAAGUUCCCAAGGAGCAAAAUGACGGAGACACAGCUGGGAUGGAUUCUGAUGACUGGCAGUCUAGUUCUAAAGUAAGUCACAGUGAAACACUCAAAUGCUUUUUGUAGUAUAAUUUUAUAAUCAAUAAUGUUGUUGGUGCAUUCUAUAGUCAGAACUAGGAAUUAACUAUUUUCUUAUUAUAUUUGAAAUAUUUGUAAUUAUAUUUAUACCAAAUUUGCAAGGUCAUAUCCAGACUUUUUAAGGAUUAGAAAAUUUACCAGCUUACUGGGAAUAUUUAUUCUGUUACACCGAAAGAGAGGCGAAAGAGAGACGUCAUCAUAUUUUAAGAAGCACUGAGAUUGCACAGCAUAUGUUGAACUGGAAAAGAUGAAAGAAAGAAAAAAAAAGAGAUGUUCAAAGCAUUUUGAAUUAGUUACCAGACCUAGUGAUUUGCCCUGUACAGGUGGAUGCCCUUAUGCAAGCCCUCAAUUCAUUGCGUCAAGAAGACCCAAGAGUGAAAAGUGUUGUUGUAUCACAGUUUACAUCCUUACUAACUAUCCUGGAGAAACCCCUGUCGUAAGCUGAUAGACUAUUUAUUUAAUUUAAAAUGUACCUUUGCUUACUGCAACCAACAAAUGUCAUAUAAUUAUAGCAGUGUUAAUGCCAGAUUCCAAGUUACUUUAUAUUUCUUUUUUUUUGUGUGUUAAAAACCAGGUGUUAAGGAGAUAGCAAUCUUCAAAGUUCAACAUUUUUAGUGUUAAAAAAAAAAAUCAUAAAAUCAGCCUAAUGAUUGUAACAGUUAUAUUUUGUAACUUUUAUGGCAGGAGGCGCUUAUAGUUCAGUAAAGUUACUCAUAUAAUGUUAGCUAAUAAUGUAAGCUCAAUGUAAGCCAUGGCUUCCUGCUACUAAUUCAAUAAUUCAUUCCACUCCUCAAGACUGUCUGCCUCUCUCUGCUAAGAAGUAACAAUGUCCAAAUGAAUAGAAUGCACAGCACUUUAUUACAUAUACUAAAUAAAUCACAUAAUUCCUUGACAUCAGAAUAAUGUUGUACCAAUUAUAGUUGCAAUGCAGAGAAUAUAUAUACACACACGUUCUAUGCUUUAUCUAAUAUCCUUUCAGUAAAACCAUUUGAGAAAUUACAACAUGUCCUCUCACAUUCAAGUUAUCAUGCGCUCUCCUUUAAAAAACAUGAAUUCUCCUUCCCCUACAAAAACUGGUUCCUUUUUCUCGUUUUAUUCAUUCAUCAAAAUUAUAUCACUACACCAUUGUGUAGUGAUAAAUAAAUAGAAAUAAAUAUUAGUAUCGUGUGAAAAAUCAUAGUUAACUUGAUCAGUUACAUGCCCUACCCAUUAGAAAAAUAUACAUGGAACAACAUCGUCUGUUACAAUAAUGCUUCAGUUUCAAUGAAGCAUCUUUUACAAUGAUGCUUCAGUUUCUUUACUUAAAUUGACAUAGUUUUGUUUGAUAGCUUAAACUUUUUCUUUAUUUUUUGACUGAGAUUUUUUUUUUUAAAUUCACUAUUGUCGCCCUUAGAGGGAUAGGUAAGUAUAUUAGUUUUAGUUUUGUUGUUAUUGAUUAUGUUUAUGUGUAGUUUUUGUUUUGUUGUUAUUGAUUAUGUUUAUGUGUAGUUUUUGUUUUGGGAUUGGAGGAGGUGUUGCUCCUUGUACAAGUUUGAUUCACUCUGUAAAGUAACUGGGACCUAGGAGAAUAAUAUAAAAUGUGUUUCCUAUAAAUUUAACUUUAUAUAUCUUCCUUAUCAAUCUGCCAUUCAUUUUGCUCCUAUUUAUUUAACUACAGCAUGGAAGGCUUUGUGUACUGUCGUUUUGAUGGUUCUAUGAGUGCUGCUGAGCGCACAGAGGUGCUGAGGAAUUUUUCUCAAACUCAUGCUGGGUCUCCGACUGUUUUAUUGCUUUCUCUUAAGGCUGGUGGAGUGGGGAUCAACUUAACUGCUGCAUCCAGAGUUUUUCUCAUGGAUCCUGUAAGUAAUUGUGGUGGGUGCUUUUUGGUGUGGAAGUAAAAAAAAUGCACUUGAAAGAGAGGUACUUAGCCAAUCAAUAGCCUAUAAUACUGACAUUGUUGAAUUUUUCAAAAAUUAUAAACAGGCCUGGAAUCCUGCCUCUGAAGACCAGUGCUUUGACCGCUGUCAUAGAUUAGGUCAAACAAAAGAUGUAAUCAUUACAAAGGUAUGGAUU